AUGCUGGAGCGCGAGGAAGAGCCCGAGGGCAUGCUGCCCAGAGACAAGCAGCGUCGCACCACACACUACAACUCGUCGCUCGAGAAGGCUAUGAGCCACUCCGAGGCAAAGCAGUUCUACCAACGGCAACGCGCCGAGAAGCUCGAGAGCCCCGUCCUCGGAAAGCAACGCACUCUCAGCUCUCACGUCGGAGGCGAUGCUAAUGGCUCCUCUCCGCUUAACCCGCUGAGGUCUAGCAAGAGCAAUGUCAGCUUGCAGGCUCCCGACGCCUCGUACAAGUCUGCUCUGCCCAUUGGCAUUGCCAAUGCUGCAAAGCCUCCUACGAGCGCUGAAGUCCAGACUCCCGGCCUCGGCCACUUCGACACGGCCCGCCAGUCCUUCUCUCAACCACAAGACGCCCCUUCGCCCUUCAUCCAAGCCGAUCGUGAAGCUCGCGCUCACCAGAACCAUCCCAACCUACCUCACGAGCAAAAGCCCUUCUUGGAGCAACAAGGUUUACAUGGUGCAGGAGCUGGUGUUGGUCUAGGAAGCGGUUCUGGAGGCUUUGCUGUUGACGACUCCAAAGUCACAGCCGAGCUGACAACCAUCUACAGCAAUAUCCAGAAGGUGCUGGACUUGCGACACAAGUACAUGCGCUUGUCGCUACAAGGUGCUACAGACAACCCCAAGGAUGAGCCUGGCUGGACCAUUUACCCUCCCCACCCAGACCCUUCAUGGCAAGAGUACGAGCAGAGCAUGUCCGAAAGUCAAGACCUCAAGACGCCUCGCAGAAGACCUCGUAAGAUGGGCCAGAACAUUGGUGAAGAUUUCGAGCUUGAAGACUUGAUGCCUCUCCCCGGUCCUGGCGAGAUGGCUUUCCACCUCGACUCCAACGGUGUCUACCAAGUCUACGAGAACAGCAAAGCCGCUGAACUCGACACUCCCAUCGUACAUAUUCCUACCAUUCGCGAGUUCUACAUGGAUCUCGAUUCCAUCUUGUCGGUAUCCUCAGACGGCCCCAGCAAGAGUUUUGCUUUCCGCCGCCUGCAAUAUCUCGAGGGCAAGUUCAACCUGUACAUUCUGCUCAAUGAGUACCAGGAAAUCGCAGACACAAAAGCUGUGCCCCACAGAGACUUUUACAACGUCCGAAAGGUCGAUACUCACGUACAUCACUCAGCCUGUAUGAACCAAAAGCACUUGUUGCGUUUCAUCAAGAGCAAGAUGAAGAAGAGCCCUAACGAGGUUGUCCUUUACCGUGACGGCAAGCAUUUGACUUUGAGGGAGGUUUUUGAAAGUAUUAACCUGACUGCAUACGACCUCUCUAUCGACACACUUGAUAUGCACGCUCACACCGACUCGUUCCAUCGUUUCGACAAAUUCAACCUCAAGUACAACCCUGUCGGAGAGUCGCGUCUGCGUACAAUCUUCCUCAAAACAGACAACUACAUUCAUGGUAGAUACUUGGCUGAAAUCACAAAAGAGGUCAUUGCCGAUCUCGAGGCAAGCAAGUACCAGAUGGUAGAGUGGCGUAUCUCCAUCUACGGUCGCGACCUUGAAGAAUGGGACAAGCUGGCAGCAUGGGUUGUGGACAACAAGCUAUACUCGCCUAAUGUGCGAUGGUUGAUUCAAAUCCCUCGUCUGUAUGAUGUCUACAAGAACUCCAACCUCAUGGAGAACUUUGAGCAAGUCAUUCAGAACGUCUUCCAGCCACUUUUCGAAGUGACGCAAGAUCCUACAUCGCAUCCCAAGUUGCACAUCUUCUUGCAGCGUGUCAUUGGUUUUGACUCCGUCGACGAUGAGAGCAAGACGGAGCGUAGAAUCUACCGCAAGUUCCCCCUGCCAAACGAGUGGAGCACUGCACAAAAUCCGCCCUACUCGUACUGGAUCUACUACCUGUUUGCCAACAUCUCUUCGCUCAACGUCUGGCGCAAGCAGCGUGGUUUCAACACAUUCCUGCUGAGACCUCACUGUGGUGAAGCUGGUGAUACUGAUCAUCUUGCUGCUGCUGUCUUGUGUUGUCACAGUAUCUCGCAUGGUCUGUUGCUGCGCAAGGUGCCUUUGCUGCAGUACAUCUUCUACCUCGAGCAGAUUGGUGUCGCCAUGUCUCCCCUGUCCAACAACGCUUUGUUCCUCGCUUACGAGCGUAACCCUUUCCUUAUCUACUUCCGUCGUGGUCUGAACGUCUCCCUGUCCACCGACGAUCCCCUGCAAUUCGCCUUCACAAAAGAACCUCUCAUCGAAGAAUACGCAGUCGCCGCCCAGAUCUAUAAGCUCAGCGCAGUCGAUAUGUGCGAACUCGCCAAACACUCGGUCAUCCAAAGUGGAUUCGAACAUUCGGUCAAGCAACGCUGGCUCGGUCAAAACUACAACUACCCCGGAGUGGCGGGCAACGACAUGGCAAAGGUCAACGUGCCAAACAUCCGCGAGGCAUUCCGCCACGAGACUUGGUUGCAAGAACUUGCCAUGAUUGACCGCUAUACCGCAGCUAGCGACCCCUCGCGCAAGUUGUCUAUGUCAAAUCUGAAGCCGAAUCACCCAUUCAAUGCGAAUCUCACCGCCCCAGGCUCGCCUACUGCUUCUAUGCAGACGAAUCCUUCAGCUACCAACCCUCUCAAUCACUCCGAGUAUUUCCAGACGAAGAACCAGGGUGGUGGAAACUUCCAAUUGCCUGCGCCCGCUGCGCACCAUCAUUAUAUCCCCAACGCUCAAGCUGCACGUAUCUCGCAGUCGCCUAGCAUGGUUAGUCUCCCUGGUCAUGGCGGCAAGCAUAACCGCACUUCCAGCAUGGUCGGCCAUGGUCACGGCUCCCCCGCCGGUGGUCCCGCACCGACUUCCAUACCACCAGACAUGGCACCCAUGCCCAUGUCCUCGCUCGAUGCUUCCGAACCUCGCUUGUUCCCCGGGAUCGUGAGUAAAAGUCGAAAGGGUAGCAUGGUGACCAGUAGAUCUGGUAUCGAUGUUGGAAGCGAAGAUAAUGUGCCAGACCAUAUGACGCAGAGUUUGCCUGCUAUUGCGCUCGGUAGACCUCGACCUAGCGAUGAGGAAGCGGCGAUUGUGGAGGAUGAGGAUGAGGUUGGGGAGACUGCUUGA